AUGUGCAGGCAAGGGGAGCCCAUGAAAUUUGUAACCUGGGUCUGGAUGACAUCGUGCAACAAAAUGAUUGGUGUGCUGCUGGUCUUUUUCCCUGCUCUGCUGCUGGAGAUGGACGUGUUGCCCAAGAGUGGUGGUCGGAAGGUUCUCCUCUCUGCAGCCUCCUCACAGCGGUCGGUGGCUCGGAUGGAUGGGGAUGUCAUCAUCGGGGCCCUCUUCUCUGUGCAUCACCAGCCACCAGCUGAGAAAGUGCCUGAGAGGAAGUGCGGGGAAAUCCGGGAACAAUACGGCAUCCAGAGAGUCGAAGCCAUGUUUCACACUUUGGAUAAAAUUAAUGCAGACCCGGUCCUGCUACCUAACAUCACCCUGGGCAGUGAGAUCCGAGACUCCUGCUGGCACUCCUCCGUGGCCCUGGAGCAGAGCAUCGAGUUCAUACGGGACUCUCUCAUCUCCAUCAGGGACGACAGGGAUGGAGGCACUCGCUGCAUUUCUGACUCGCAGACCCAGCCCCAGACCAGAGUGAAAAAGCCCAUCGCAGGGGUCAUCGGCCCCGGCUCCAGCUCAGUUGCUAUCCAAGUUCAAAAUCUGCUCCAGCUCUUUGACAUCCCUCAGAUCGCCUACUCUGCCACCAGCAUCGACCUGAGCGACAAAACGCUGUACAAGUACUUCCUCAGGGUGGUCCCCUCCGACACGCUGCAGGCCAGGGCCAUGCUUGACAUCGUCAAGCGUUACAACUGGACCUACGUCUCCGCCGUGCACACGGAAGGAAAUUAUGGGGAAAGUGGAAUGGAAGCCUUCAAAGAGUUGGCUGCCCAAGAAGGUCUCUGCAUUGCUCACUCUGACAAGAUCUACAGCAACGCUGGCGAGAAGAGCUUUGAUCGCCUGCUGCGCAAGCUGCGAGAGAGGUUACCCAAGGCUAGGGUGGUGGUGUGCUUCUGCGAGGGAAUGACAGUCAGGGGGAUCCUCAUCGCCAUGCGGCGCCUGGGCGUGCUCGGGGAGUUCCUGCUCAUUGGAAGUGAUGGUUGGGCAGACAGAGAUGAAGUCAUUGAAGGCUAUGAACCUGAAGCAAAUGGAGGCAUCACUAUCAAGCUGCAGUCUCCUGAGGUGCUGGCGUUUGAUGACUAUUACCUGAAGCUGCGGCUGGACACCAACACCCGCAACCCCUGGUUCCCCGAGUUCUGGCAGCACCGAUUUCAGUGCCGCAUUCCAGGGCACCCGCUAGAGAAUCCUAACUUCCAGAAGAAUUGCACUGGCAAUGAGAGCUUAGAAGAAAAUUAUGUGCAGGACAGUAAAAUGGGAUUUGUCAUCAAUGCAAUAUAUGCUAUGGCUUAUGGGCUACAAAACAUGCACCAUUCCCUUUGCCCCGGGCAUGUUGGACUGUGUGAUGCUAUGAAGCCAAUUGAUGGCAGCAAGCUCCUGGAGUUCCUCCUCAAAUCCUCAUUCAUUGGUGUUUCUGGAGAAGAAGUUUGGUUUGAUGAAAAGGGAGAUGCCCCUGGAAGAUAUGACAUCAUGAACCUGCAGUACAUAGAGCCCAACCGCUAUGACUAUGUCCUGGUUGGGACCUGGCACGAGGGCGUGCUCAACAUUGAUGACUACAGGAUUCAGAUGAAUAAGAGCGGAAUGGUCCGAUCGGUGUGCAGCGAGCCUUGCCUGAAGGGCCAGAUUAAGGUGAUCAGGAAAGGAGAAGUGAGCUGCUGCUGGAUUUGCACUGCUUGCAAGGAGAAUGAAUUUGUUCAGGAUGAAUUCACCUGUAAAGCCUGUGAGCUUGGCUGGUGGCCAAAUGCUGACCUGACAGGCUGCGAACCCAUCCCUGUAAAGUAUCUCCAGUGGAGCAAUAUAGAGUCUAUUGUGGCUGUGGUCUUUUCCUGCCUGGGGAUCCUGGUCACCAUGUUUGUCACCCUUAUCUUUGUGCUCUACAGAGACACCCCUGUUGUCAAGUCCUCCAGCCGCGAGCUCUGCUAUAUUAUCCUGGCUGGCAUCUUUCUAGGUUACGUCUGCCCUUUCACCCUUAUAGCUAAACCCACCACGACAUCCUGCUACCUCCAGCGCCUUCUGGUGGGCCUUUCCUCUGCCAUGUGCUAUUCCGCCCUGGUGACCAAAACCAACCGCAUCGCGCGCAUCCUGGCGGGCAGCAAGAAGAAGAUCUGCACCCGCAAGCCCCGCUUCAUGAGUGCCUGGGCCCAGGUGGUCAUCGCCUCCAUUCUGAUCAGCGUGCAGCUGACACUGGUGAUCACGCUGAUCAUCCUGGAGCCCCCCAUGCCUAUCCUCUCCUACCCCAGCAUUAAGGAAGUUUACCUUAUCUGUAACACCAGCAACCUGGGCGUCGUGGCUCCCGUGGGCUACAAUGGACUCCUCAUCAUGAGCUGCACCUACUACGCCUUCAAGACUCGCAAUGUGCCUGCCAAUUUCAACGAGGCCAAGUACAUUGCAUUCACCAUGUAUACCACUUGUAUCAUCUGGCUGGCCUUUGUGCCCAUCUAUUUCGGGAGCAACUACAAGAUCAUCACCACCUGUUUCGCAGUGAGCCUGAGUGUGACAGUGGCUCUGGGAUGCAUGUUCACUCCUAAGAUGUACAUCAUUAUAGCCAAGCCUGAGAGGAAUGUCCGCAGUGCCUUCACCACCUCAGAUGUGGUGCGUAUGCAUGUCGGGGACGGAAAGGCACCUUGCAAGUCCAACACUUUCCUCAACAUAUUCCGGAGAAAGAAGCCAGGGGCUGGAAAUCCAAAUUCUAAUGGAAAGUCUGUGUCAUGGUCUGAACCAGGUGGAAGACAAGAUCCAAAGGGGGAACAUAUGUGGCACAGACUCUCAGUGCAUGUGAAGAACCAGGAGACAGGGUGCAAUCAAACAGCGGUGAUCAAGCCCCUCACUAAAGACUACCACAGCCAAAGUCUGACUUUUACUGACAUCAGCACUAAGACUCUGUACAAUGUGGAGGAAGAAGAUAGAGAGCCCGUUCACCUCAACCAGUCCAGCAGUCCUUCCAUGGUGGUGCACAGGCGGGUGGCAACGACGCCCCCGCUGCAGGCCACGGCGGAGGAAACCCAACUCUUCUUGCCUGAGCAGUCCCCCAAGACCUUGCCCCUGCAGCCACAGUCUCUCAUGGACCAGCUGCAAGGAGUGGUCAACAAGUUUGCGGCUGGCAUCCCCGACUUCAACACUGUCCUUCCCCCUCCCGGCUCAGGGAAUGGCAUGCGGCCCCCCUGCCCACCCCCGCCACCGCAGCAGCUGCCCCUGCAGCCUUUCCAGGCGGCUGCCUUCAGCCAGGAGCCCCUGUCUCCCCCGGCUGAGGAAGCCGAGAGUGAGAAGGUGAAGCUCAUUCAGGGAUACGUGUAUGAAAAGAACACAGAGGAGGAGGAGGACGAGGAGCCGGCAACCAGCAAACUGACUCUAGAAGACUCACCGGCGCUUACACCCCCGUCCCCUUUCCGGGAUUCGGUGGCUUCGGGCAGCUCCGUGCCCAGCUCCCCUGUGUCGGAGUCUGUGCUCUGCACACCCCCAGAUGUGACCUACGCCUCUGUCAUCCUGAGGGAUUAUAAGCAAAGCUCAUCCACCCUGUAGAUGCUGCAAGAGACAAGAUGGGAAGGACUUUGGCAGCUGCCCAUUGGGAGGACUUGUGGAGACAAGACUCCCAGGGCUGCGGGAGAGAGAGCAGAGAACAAAGUGACAAAUGACAGGGCGAAAAUUUCAUCCUGCACUUAAAUAACUAAAAUCAAACAAAAAGAAAAUAAAAAUCCAUUCUGAGGGCUCAAGAUUCUCUAUCUGUUAAAAAUAAAAGUACUUUGGGAAAAUGUUAGGAAACCAUAACAAAGCACAAACUAAAGGAACAACUUCUAUAGCAAAAAAU